GCCCUCCACCCCCAUCGCUGCAGUGUCUCAACUGCCUUGGAGCAAACAAGAGAGGAUAUAGAACACAGACGUUAAUAAGGCAGCGAAAGAGGGGUGCUGGAAGAGAGAUGUAUGCGUGUGUCUGUGUGUCUGUGUGUGUGUGAGAGAGAUCUCCUCUGAAUAUGAGGAAGAAAUGAAGAUGAAGCAGCAGGACUAAAGGUGGAUUGCAAACAGCCUUUUCUCUCCCUGCAAGGGCUUGUCUGCAGUAUCCUUUUGUAAAUGGAUGCUGGCUUGUGAACACGACUCCGAGGACUUCAGCUGUCGGGACAAAAUCACACCCGAGAAGAACCAGAAAAGAUUUCAUCAGGAAGAUUAAGUGUAACUGGCGAAAAAUCGGACUGGGUGGAUGUUUGCAGAAGCCAACAAGGGCAACCAACCACAAUAGCCAUGUGGGAGGAGAGUGAGGGGGUUUUGCUAUUCAUGCUCAUCAAGUCCAAACACUUUCUCUACUGACAUAUGCUGAACAUUUAGUAGCCCUCCUCCAGAGCUGUUCCUCAGGGGGAGCCCCUGCUAUGAACCCCAGCUACCUUGAAUUGAGCAGGCAGUCCAACCGGGGUGCCAGGCGCUGUGUUGGCAUCCUACAAGUCCGCAUGGGUUCUACCCACACAAUACUCACAGACUGCCCAUGAACAAAAAUAAUGAAAUACUGCUGAGUUGCUCCUCUGUGUGUUGACUCUCCUGUCUCUUUUUAAAAUUGGACUGUUGUGAACUUGUAACUUCCUCCGCCCCAGUAAGCUUCUACCUUUAUUAAAACCCCUCUCCAACUCUUCCACAAACUUAAACCUGACUUCGUUAUAACUUGCUUUCACAUCAAGCAGCAGCACGAGUUCCUUUGUGAUCACCACGUGGUGGAGGACCAUGGGAUGCCGUCAGAGCUCGGAGGAGAAGGAAGCGGCGCGACGCUCACGGCGAAUCGACCGCCACUUGCGUUCAGAAAGUCAACGGCAGCGGCGUGAGAUCAAGCUACUGUUGCUGGGAACCAGCAACUCAGGCAAGAGCACCAUAGUCAAACAGAUGAAGAUCAUCCACAGUGGAGGCUUCAACUUGGAUGCAUGCAAGGAGUACAAGCCCCUCAUUCUGUACAAUGCUAUAGACUCUCUCACCCGCAUCAUACGGGCCCUCACCACCCUCAAGAUCGACUUUCACAAUGCUGAUCGCGCCUACGAUGCCGUGCAACUCUUUGCCCUCACAGGGCCAGCUGAGAGCAAAGGAGAGAUUACUUCAGAGUUGCAGGGGGUCAUGAAGCGUCUGUGGGCUGACUCAGGGGUCCAGGAGUGCUUUCAACGAUCCAAUGAGUACCAUUUAGAGGACAACACUGCCUACUAUCUGAAUGACCUGGACCGCAUCUCUGCAACUGAGUUCAUCCCUACUGUUGAGGACAUCCUGCGAUCCCGCGACAUGACCACAGGGAUUGUGGAGAACAAGUUCACCUUCAAGGAGCUCACCUUCAAGAUGGUAGAUGUGGGUGGACAGCGUUCAGAGAGAAAGAAGUGGAUCCACUGUUUCGAGGGCGUGACUGCAAUCAUUUUCUGUGUCGAGCUGAGUGGCUACGACCUCAAACUCUACGAGGACAACCAGACGAGCCGUAUGGCCGAGAGCUUGCGCCUGUUUGACUCCAUCUGCAACAACAACUGGUUCACCAACACGUCGCUCAUCCUCUUCCUCAACAAGAAGGACCUGUUGGCUGAGAAGAUCAAACGCAUUCCUCUGACAGUGUGCUUCCCUGACUACAAAGGUCAAAACACCUAUGAGGAGGCAGCGGUCUAUGUGCAGCGGCAGUUUGAGGACCUCAACCGCAACAAGGAGACCAAGGAGAUCUAUUCGCACUUCACCUGUGCCACUGACACCAGCAACAUCCAGUUUGUGUUCGAUGCUGUCACGGACGUGAUCAUCCAGAACAAUCUCAAGUACAUUGGGCUGUGCUAGGACCUGAUGCUGGGGGUUGGGGGGUUGGGUGGGUGGGGGUACAGCGGGCUGCUUAGCAGCAGUCAGCCCGCCAGUGGGCUGGAUAAAGAACAGGAGCAUCGGCCUGCCCGACGGUUUAUCUCUUUGAAGAUGUGCAAGAGGGAACUGCAAAGGAGAGAAGUAGUGAGAUGGUCAGGGAUGGACAAUUCUGUAGAGUUCAAAUGAACCAAAAGAGAUGAUGGGCCGUGGUGAAGAUGGGAUUUUUUUAACCCAAUGUGUUUGCACUGAAUAUGAGUAUGCAGAGACACCCAAACACACACAAACACACACAAACACACAACCUUAUGUUUGCUCACACACAAGAUCUUCAGAUCGACGGUCAAGCACUUGUCUGACAAGGCAACACUGGAACUUUUAGACAGCUACCCCUACCUGCCUGCCGAACCUGAGACUGCGUAGUACCGGUGGUUUUUGGUUUCUUUUGUCUCCUUUCAAUUUAUUUGCCUGAGUCAAUUAAUGCUGCUUCACAAUUUGAAUUUUGACAGAAACAAUGUUCUCUUUUGGAUUUUCACCCCCAUCAAUGGUGACCAGUGAGCGCACCUGGUGAGAUUUAGAGAGAGGCUGUAUUUGUGAGGGCAAAAAAAAAAAAAAAAGUCAGUCGACAUGAUGUCACAGGGUUUCUGCCUAAGAGACGAAACUGCCACAGUCUAAAGCUGAAGUGAAAUAAUGUUUUCCUUUUCUUCACUUUUUUUUUUUUUUACACACUAUUUCUGUUUCCCCCUGGUUGACUCUCUAAUGUUGUUCUGUUCCCCACUUCCUUUUUAUGCUUUUUUGUGCUUUAAAAAAAAAAAAAAGAAUAUGUCUCUCUAACCUGCAUUUUACAGCGGGUCACUGACUUAUAUUACCAGGAGUGUUAUGCUCGGUAGAGUCAAAAGUAUUCUUUAUGAUCAUUCCAGUUUCCAGCAAGAGACAACAAAAAACAGUGCCAAGAUCAGUUUUGUAAAUAAACCAGAUCCCAUCCAUUUACAUUACAUUAUUUUAUGAUUUUUAUGGAGAAAUACAUUAAAACAUGCAUGAUUUUGUUACUUUGGGAUACUAAUAUAUUUUCUUUGGGAUUAUGUUCCUUUUUUCUUAGUUUUAAAUAAUAUAUUCCCAAAAAUAUAUAUAAAAGUCAAACACUGUGUACGAGUGUACAGUUGUCAGAGAGGAAUCUAUUGAAAAGAAAAUUAUACGAAUAAAAUAACACUGAUUGUGAUGUUAUGAUGAUGGGGAUGAAAAAGAUGAUGAUUAUGAUGAUGAUGAUAAUGAUGAUGCUGAUGCUGAUGAUUACAGUGACGACACAGCCAAAUCUCACUACAAAGUUAGCAUGAGAUGAGAAAGUUGAUCAAAAGGAGAACAAGACUGUAGAAAAACAUGAAAACGAAGUUGCAAAUCUAGAAACCUUCAAUCUUCCUUGCAUUACCUAAGUGGGAAUUGUUAAACAGUCAGUCAGUAUGAUGUGUAAAUAUACGGUAAGGUACACUCUUUGUUCAAACAAAUGAAAAGAAAGGUUGAGUUGGGAUGCCGUUUGAGAGAUAGAGUGAGAGAGAGUGAGAGAAACAGACGGAGAAAAAAAGAAAAAGAAAACCUCUCCACUCCUCCUCUUGCCCUUUCUUUUCAGUUUCAGAGGGCGAUGUGCAAACAACCCAGCUAAGGGCUUCAGGCUUGACUUUAUGGGAUGUCCAGUUCAACAAAAGACAAAACAAUUAAAAGAGAAAUAUAAAAAGAACAACAACUAUGAAUAAAACAACUUAUGCAAAUUU